CCAGCAUGGGGGGGCGGUGGGGGCAGCCGGGCCGGCUGGGGCGGGACGCUGCCUGGGGACUGGACGCAGAGCAGGCCCGGCAGCCCCAAGCCCCACCAGGUGGGUGACAGCCGCUGACGGCUCUGAGCGUCCCCGCAGGCUGGUGGCCGGCUGCCCGCCCGUCUCCUGCACCAUGUCGGACGGCGAGGGCCCCUCGGCCGAUGACAGCGCUUCCGCCGCGAGUAGCAUGGAGGUGACGGACCGCAUUGCCUCCCUGGAGCAGCGCGUCCAGAUGCAAGAAGACGAUAUCCAGCUGCUCAAAUCGGCGCUGGCCGACGUGGUCCGGCGGCUGAACAUCACGGAGGAACAGCAGGCGGCGCUGAACAGGAAAGGACCUACCAAAGCAAGACCACUGGUGCAGACCUUGCCCUUAAGAACCACCAUCAACAAUGGCACCGUGUUACCAAAGAAACCUAGUGGCUCUCUGCCGUCCCCCUCCGGGGCCAGGAAAGAAACUGCUGUGGCAACGGCAGCCAAAAGUACCAUCAAGAGGACCAGCUCCUCCGAGCGAGUGUCUCCUGGCGGUCGAAGGGAAAGCUGCGGAGAUUCCAAAGGAAACCGAACCCGCACGGGAUCUACAAGCAGCACUUCCAGCGGCAAAAAGAACAGUGAAAGCAAACCCAAGGAGCCCGUCUUCAGCGCAGCGCUUCUGUCCCUGUCUCCGAAAUCACAAGGGAAACGCCGGGUGAUACACUGCAAAGAAGAAGGAUACGUAAAAAUGUUUCUUCGCGGACGCCCUGUUACCAUGUACCUGCCCAGAGAUCAAGUGGACUCUUAUAAUUUGGAAGCAAAGGUAGAGCUUCCCACCAAGAGACUGAAACUGGAAUGGGUCUAUGGGUACCGGGGUCGAGACUGUCGUAACAACCUGUACUUGCUUCCAACGGGGGAGACGGUGUACUUCAUCGCCUCCGUGGUGGUGCUGUACAACGUCGAGGAACAGCUCCAGAGGCACUACGCCGGCCACAACGACGAUGUGAAGUGCCUAGCAGUUCACCCUGACAGGAUCACGAUAGCAACGGGACAAGUCGCUGGUACGUCUAAGGAUGGAAAACAAUUGCCCCCACACGUGCGCAUCUGGGAUUCUGUGACGCUGAACACACUGCAUGUCAUUGGAGUUGGGUUUUUUGACCGAGCCGUUACCUGUAUCGCAUUCUCAAAAUCUAAUGGAGGAAGCAAUCUCUGUGCCGUGGAUGACUCCAACGAGCACGUACUGUCCGUGUGGGACUGGCAGAAAGGAGAACGGCUGGCCGACGCAAAGUGUUCUAACGAAGCUGUAUUUGCUGCGGAUUUCCACCCCACGGACACGAAUAUAAUAGUUACUUGUGGAAAAUCACAUCUCUACUUUUGGACCUUAGAAGGAAACUCCCUUAUUAAGAAGCAAGGACUGUUCGAGAAGCAAGAAAAGCCAAAGUUUGUCCUCUGCGUGACUUUUUCUGAAAAUGGCGACACCAUUACUGGAGAUUCAAGUGGCAACAUCUUGGUGUGGGGAAAAGGUACAAAUCGGAUAAGCUAUGCAGUUCAAGGGGCCCACGAGGGUGGCAUUUUUGCACUUUGCAUGUUAAGGGACGGCACACUGGUGUCGGGAGGAGGGAAAGACCGAAAGCUCAUUUCUUGGAACGGAAACUAUCAGAAACUUCGUAAAACUGAGAUUCCAGAACAGUUUGGCCCAAUCCGGACGGUGGCCGAGGGGAAGGGGGAUGUGAUCUUGAUAGGCACAACCAGAAACUUUGUUCUGCAAGGCACCUUGUCAGGGGACUUUGCACCCAUCACUCAGGGUCACACUGAUGAGCUCUGGGGACUGGCCAUCCAUGCCUCAAAACCUCAAUUCUUGACCUGUGGGCAUGACAGGCACGCCACUCUCUGGGACGCUGUUGGCCACCGGCCCGUCUGGGACAAAAUAAUAGAGGAUCCAGCUCAGUCUUCUGGUUUUCAUCCUUCAGGGUCUGUGGUUGCAGUUGGAACACUGACUGGGAGGUGGUUUGUGUUUGACACGGACACAAAAGACUUGGUCACCGUUCACACGGAUGGAAAUGAACAGCUCUCCGUAAUGCGUUACUCCCCAGGUCAGCGUGCAGACCGCCCCACUGUGCGGCUGCAAAAGAUGUGUGAAAUUCCGUGUAGAUGUCUUUUAAGGAAAAACUCUCACAAGACUCCUCAGAGCAAGUUUAUACUGCACACGACUGUGGCAUUCGGGUGUCCUCGUCCCCACUGUGGGUCCCUGUGCUUGGGGGUUUUUACCUCCUUACUGUGGAAAAUGUCAAACGUAGACAAAACUAGACCAGUUUGCAUAACGAAUCCCCGUAUAUUCGUGACCGGGCUGCAGAAGUUACAGACUCCCGGCCGACUUGUUCAUCCAGAGCCCCACCCACCACCCCUUCCCAUGUGAUUUUGAAGCAGUUCCCAGACGUCUCGUCCUUUCAUCUAUUAAUGUUGCUAUAUAUAGUCUUAAAAAGAUGAAGCCUCCUUAUUUUUUAAGAGCUUUAUUUAGUUGUAAUUUACAGACAGUACUUUACCCAUAAGAGUACAUUCAGUGAGUCUGGGUGAAAACAUGCAGUUGUACAGCCGUAACCACAAAUCAAUUUAAGGACCUUUCCAGCACCCCAAAAGAUCCCACCCCUUCCCCUUAGCAAUUACUCUCUACUCCCACCCCUUAGCCUUAGGCAACCGCUGAUCUGUUGUUCUGUUCCAUAAAUUGCCUUUUCUGGACACUAUCAUAUACUACACAGCCUGUAGCAUGUGGCUUCCUUUCCCUAGAAUACUGUUUUCGAGAUUAAUU